AUGAACAAUUCAAACAAUAAUUUGAAGAAAGAAUUCCACAUAGUCACAAACAUGAAGAUGUACUUUCAAAAGAAUAUUGGAUAAAUAAUUAAAAUUAAUGAUGAGGAAAGACAAAGUUAAAUAAUCUCAAAAUCAGACCAUGUUUUAUUACCUGAUUUACAAUCAAUGAUAAUCAAUUUUGUUGACUUAGAGAUUGAUGAUCAUAAUGAUCUAAGUAUUAAUCAAUCUAUAUAGACACUUUCAUCAACAAAUGUUUCAAGUAUAAAUUUAAAUAAUUUUAGAUAAUAGAUCCUCAAGAAGAAUAUAAAUUUUUGCCUUUGAAUCCUUUUCCUUAGACUCAGAGUGCGAAGAAUUUUGA